AAAAUAAAAGAAGAAGAAGCUCUGCUGUGUCGGCCAUUGGUUGUUUCAGUUACGUGCCCUUUGAAUCUGACUGGGAUUCGAGUUAGGUAACUCGCUAUGAGGUAGCUAGCUAAGGACUUACCUCGUUAUAAUAUAUUUAAGCAACUGAAUGACGAUACGUGGAAUUGCAUAUUUUUUGACUGAUGACAUGCUAUUGGAAGUCUAACCAACAUUGCCAUUACCUUGUAAUACACAUCUGUCUGCACGAGGCAGGAAUCAGUCUGAUGAGGGGUCAUCUACAGCUGGCAGGAUGCAAGAGAAAAGGAACAUCCAGAUCAUCGAGUGGGAGGACCUUGACAAAAGGAAGUUCUACUCUUUUGGGGUGUUCAUGACGAUGACCAUCCGGGCCACCGUCUACCCGGCCACACUCAUUCGCACUCGGCUGCAGGUGCAGAGGGGCAAGUCACUCUACAGCGGCACUUUUGACGCCUUCUUCAAGAUUCUGCGGACAGAGGGCGUUCGAGGCCUUUAUCGCGGCUUCAUGGUCAACACCUUCACACUCAUCUCAGGCCAGGCUUACAUAACCACCUAUGAGCUGGUGAGGAAGUAUGUCUCCCAGUAUUCUGAGGACAACACGGUCAAGUCACUGGUGGCGGGCGGCUUCGCCUCCCUGGUUGCUCAGAGCAUCACUGUUCCUAUAGAUGUUAUCUCUCAGCAGCUGAUGAUGCAGGGCCAAGGGGAGCACCUCACCCGCUUUAGACUCAAUUUUAACACAGAGACUGGAAAGCCCAAAAAAGUGUUCGGCCAAACCAGAAACAUCAUGGGUCAGAUUUUUGCGGCUGAUGGAUUCAGGGGCUUCUACAGGGGAUAUGUGGCUUCUUUACUCACAUAUAUCCCAAACAGUGCUGUCUGGUGGCCUUUUUAUCAUUUUUAUGCUGAGCAACUUUCUAAACUGGCUCCCAGUGACUGCCCUCAUCUGAUUCUACAAGCCAUGGCUGGACCUCUUGCUGCAGCUACUGCCUCAACUGUCACCAACCCAAUGGAUGUGGUCAGAGCCAGAGUGCAGGUUGAAGGGAGGUCUUCAGUCAUCGAGACGUUCAGGCAGCUAAUCAAAGAGGAGGGCUGCUGGGGAUUGACCAAAGGACUGUCGGCCCGCAUCAUCUCAUCCACUCCCACUGCCCUUGUCAUGGUGGUCGGCUACGAGACGCUAAAAAAACUGAGUUUGCGGCCGGAGCUGGUGGACUCGAGACACUGGUAGCAGACACCUGGACAGACAAUAUACGGACCACGUGCCAUUUUUCCUGAGUUAGACUUCCUGUGAAAACACUCGAUGAAAGAAAAGUUUGUUUUCAAUAACAAUGUGGGGAACAAAAUUGUUUCAAGCCACUUCAAAACAGGCAUUGCCUGUGUAUAAGACCAUGAACAUGUGUCCAUACCAACAUAUUAGUUGCAGUUGAAAAGCUUGUACAUCAACAUUCACACCAGACCCAGGUUUACAGUUUACAUCGCUGCUUACACUCACUUUAGAUUAGACGGGGCUGCCAUUC